AUGGGGGAAUUAGAGGAUAAAGGCGGGUUAACGGAUAGCCCACAAGAAUAUGAGACCAGAGAACCACCAAAUGAAGCCCAAGAGGGUCGAAGAGAGGAAAGACAGAAUAGAAAGAAGACAUGGUACUUCUGGGCCGUGUUUCCAGCGCUCUGCGUGACAACCUUUCUCGCAGCUCUUGAUACAUCCAUCCUCUCGACCGCCCUUCCCACCAUCGCACGCGAUAUUGAAGCAGGGGAGCUGUACAUGUGGAUCACUAACUCCUAUAUUUUGUCGUCGACGGUGGUUCUGCCGCUAUUCGGACAGACUGCAAACAUCUUCGGUCGCCGAUGGUUGAUGAUUAUCUCAGUGGUUGUCUUUGGCGUGGGAAGUGCCAUGGCCGGCGGUGCGCGCGACUCGGGCAUGAUCAUUGCAGGACGAGCCGUUCAGGGAAUCGGCGGAGGGGGAAUCAAUACACUGGUGGAUAUUGUGAUCUGUGAUCUGGUUCCGCUUCGACAGCGAGGGAAGUAUGUGGCCCUCAUGGCGGCUGUGUGGGCAGUUGGGACUGUCAUUGGCCCUGUGCUAGGGGGCGCGUUCGCUGAACAUGUCUCCUGGCGCUGGGUCUUCUACAUAAAUCUGCCGCUAUGUGGUGCCUCUUUGAUACUCCUGUUGCUCUUCCUUCGUGCCACGCAUCCACCUGGCAGUGGAACUAUAUGGAAGCAGCUGCAGCGCGUGGACGUCGUCGGUAACUCCAUACUCACAGCGGCCGUUGUCUCGAUUUUGAUAGCGCUGACCUGGGCCGGGACAAAAUACGCCUGGUCCACAUGGCAAGUCCUGUUGCCUCUAAUCCUAGGUCUCGCAGGUCUAGUCCUUUUCUACGCCCACCAGAUGUCCCGAUUCUGCAGCGAACCCUCGAUCCCACCACGACUUUUCUCAAGCGCAACCGCCCUCUGCGCGCUAUGGAUCGCCUUUAUCCAGUCCGUUCUCCUAUACUGGGUCGGCUAUUUCCUCCCCAUCUACUUCCAAGCCAUCCGCAGCGCCUCAGCCACCGAAUCCGGUCUUAAAGUCCUCCCCAUAACCGCUGCCAUCGCGCCCUUCGGCAUCGCCACCGGUGUCCUAAUCGCUAUGACAGGGAAAUACCGGGCGUUCCAAUUCGUCGGAUACAUCUUCCUCACGGCCGCUGGCGGUCUCUUCUCCCUAUUGGAUGACAAGUCGCCCGCGCGCGACUGGGCCGGCUUCCAGGUUCUCUUCGGCGCUGGCUCAGGAAUGAUCUUCUCCAGUACCCUGCCUCCUAUCCAGGCUUCACUGCCUGAAACGGAUGUAGCUACUGCGACGGCCACGUGGGCAUUCAUGCGCAGCUUCGGCUGUAUCUGGGGCAUAGCUAUCCCAACUACUAUAUUCAACGCACGGGUACAGGAACUUCUAUAUCAGGUUAGCGAUGCACAUCUGCGCAAACAGCUAUCUGGUGGCGGUGCGUAUGCUAUGGCUAGCGAGGGACUGAUGCGCACUCUGCGUGACACGCCGCAGCUGAUGGCGGAAGUGCUGGGUGUUUAUCAGGAGAGCUUGCGGUGGGUGUGGUGGAUUGCAGUCCCGUUUGGGGUGGUUGGGCUGCUGCUUUGUAUACCGAUUAAGCAGCUCUUGCUUAGUGAGGACCUGAAUACGGAGUUUGGGUUGCAGGACAGGACGGCGAGUAGGGAGGGUAGUUGA